AUGUGCAGCGUGGACUUGAUUUGUACCGCGGACUAUGGCCAGUUCAAAGCCAAAGAGCUAAUGCACCAGCUUGCCUUGAUGUUGGGGAAUCUACCCUGUGCCAUAAGCCAGGGCAACAAGAUUGUAGAAGUGGCCUCCCUCUCCGUCCGAAAAGGGGUGGUGGUUGGCAAUGCUGUGCAGCAGCACGAAAGCAUUGGUAAAAAGUUCCAGGAGGUCUUGAUUUGUGGCGAUGACCGCACAGAUGAGUCCAUGUUCCAGGAGGCCCCGAGCCAUGCCUACACUGUCAAGAUCGGCCCGGGAGAAACAGCGGCAAGGUAUCGCCUGCCAGCGCCUUCUGACGUCCGGCACUUCCUCGCCCUCAUUGCAGGGCAAAGCUUGGCAGAUGUUGGAGGCGACACGGACCUUACUUCUCGCAGUCGAAGUGAGCAGCGACGAGACUCCGAGAAAAUCUCGCGAUUUUUUUCCUUCAAAGAGGAGGAGAAGCAUCGGCGUCUUUCGGCAUGGCACAGCGUCGACGUCAAGGAUCCAGAUGAAGAUGAAAACGAUGCAGAAGCUGAAGACCCACUCGCUGGACUUGGGGAGACUGAGGAGUUGACGGUUGAGGCUUAA